AUGUCUGAGCUAACCGGGUAUCGGAGCUGGUAUAAAAAUUUCUACCCAUUCCGUGUCAUGGACUUUAAUUGCUUAGCCCCUUCGCUGGUUGACAUGGCCUGGUACCGAGACUGUGAUCGCAAAUCGCUAGACGCCAAGAGGAGACGAGAUGGAGUUGUGAACGAAAUCAAAACUUUCUCCCCUGACAUUAUUACGUUGCAGGAGAUAGAGCCAGCUGAUUUCAACUACCUUAUAUCGAGGUUAAACAAACGUUCAGCCCCUCCUUCGAGACCCAGCAUUGUCUCCGCCUCCACGGCUCCUCCUGUAGGGCAGUCGCCGCCCUGUGGACCUCCUUCUGCUCCAGCUUCUGUUCCGCCUUCUGUUACGGAAUAUAAUGGUUGUUAUAACCAGCAUCACGGGAACCGUCGAGUAGACGGGACGGGGGUAAUAUGGAAUGAGACACGAUUCAAGUGUUUAUAUUAUUGCGCUAUCAAACCCCUUCCGAGUUCGUCGUUGGAUCGGAUUUUGAGGUCCACGGCGACGGUGUUAGAAACUAGGGAUUCUGUUGGCGCUUCGGACUUGGCGGGAAAUACUACCACAAACAACGUCUCAGGCGGGAAGAAACGACUGGUGGUAGUUUCUAGCCACUUGGUAUUCAACUGUGGUCGGUCUGAUGUCAAAUAUUUCCAGAUUUGUUCGAUACUGCAAGCGGUUCAUCGUCUUCGAAUUCAGUUUGCAAAAAGAGGCACCACAUGCUAUAACGCUGAUGGUAUCUGGGUUGAUGUUUACGACGACCUACCGGGUGUCAUCUGGGGUGGUGAUCUGAACCUAACUCCAAUGUCGCCUUUGUAUUCCUCGCUUAUACAUCGAACAAACGAUGUCGCGAUAGAACAAGUUGCACAUCUUACACUUAGCGGCCCCCCUUCCCCCGGGCACUCAUACAGGUCCUACGAACAGAGGCUAUUAAGUGGCCAAAACGCCCUUUUUGUACAUGAGGCUCAGAGGCUUGAAGGACAACGAACUCAGAACGAGGUGUCAAGGAUUGACUUACCUACUGACACGGCGUUCGUUAAAGCAUGUGUUGAAGAUCUUAAGCAACGACCCAUUCGUCUGGAGAACGGCUACCUAGGGGGUGAUGUAGGUAGCGCCGUCCACCGACACACCACUGAUUGCGGGGACAAACGUACGGGAUAUACGCCGUUGUGGAUGGAAUCCAUCGGUCCAAUUGACCAGGUCUCCGACUGGUCUAGAUCCUUCGCGUUGAAUCUGCCUACCAACGCGUAUUUUGUCAAGGAUAAGGCAGGCAAGGCCAGUGGUGAAAACCGUGCCAGGAAUACCAUCCAGUUCGAAGGAACACGCUUUGGUAUGACGCAGGACAGUUGGAAUAAUUUCAUUCAGCAACUAUUACGACGGUCGCCCAAUUGUUGGGUGAAUCCUCUCAAUAUAAAGUCCGCUUACUGCAUCUCCAGCAAUGGAUCUCAGCUGGUGGAGCCUUGCUACACGGCCUUCCAUGGGAAGCAGUCCGGUUGUAUCGACUACAUUUGGUAUUCUCCAAAUGAAAUGGUAGUCCACGGAAUAUGUUCCCAAGCACCCUGCUCGUUGAUGCAGAAGGUGGUCCAGAUUCCUUGCAAAAUGUUUCCUGUUAGCGACCACCUUCCGCUGGUCGUGGACUUAUGCUUCCGGCAAACUCCGGGUCCCACAUUUAUCGUUAACUAUUCCACAGCCAACUUGCGGGGUCAUAGAAUACCCAGAGCCAGAUGCUUCGGACCUGCUGGGAUAGUAAGCCCGUCGAGGAGAGGAGAUGUUCCAGAGAGAAAAAGUCCGAUGGCUGUGGGAACACCGCGUGUCUCUCUCGAAGACACCGCUGAACCUUUCGAGGCUUUGCUCCAUGACGAGUUCUGUAUCUGGCUGGACGAUAUCAAGAAAGCGUUUCAAGCCAAGAAACAAAACAUAUCCUCCAAUGACCAAAGCAAGCAGGGCCCUCCCGACGGCUCGAGGCCAGCUCGCCAAUCUCCACCAAACAACCCCUCAGCCAAAGAACCUUCCAGAAAUGGUCGCAACAAGCUACAACCUUCUCCCGGACAGGGAGACGUUCACGGAACGACUCACGCAGCAGCUCGUCCAAGAGGGCACAGUGUUCAGACGACAAACAAGCAACCUAACAGCGUUUCGGGAGGCCGGCUAACAGGUCUGUCGUCGACGGGUCGGCCGACAGGUGUUCGGCUCGGCGGUGGUUCGAACGAGGACCAGGCUGUUUCGACGAAGCAGCAGACGGGUCGCAGACUGCAGGCUGGGUCCCAGGAGCCGACUGCGUCCCAGGACCAGACUGGAUCGCAGGACCAGGCUGGAUCCCAGGAGCAGGCUGGAUCGCAGGAGCAGGCUGGAUCGCAGGAGCAGGCUGGAUUCCAGGAGCAGGCUGGAUCGCAGGAGCAGGCUGAAUCCCGGAAGCAGGCUGGAUCGCAGGAGCAGUCUGAAUCCCGGAAGCCGGCUGGAUCCCAGGACCAGGCUGGAUCCCAGGAAAUCGAGGUGUUGGCGGACGCGCUGGUUUUCAGUCUGCUGGACGUCCUACGCCUCGACGAGAAGCCCCUCGGUUCCGAGAGGGAACGACGAACCGCUGUUCCUUCGCAGGGCGUCCCCGACUGGGUUGAUUCCUUGCUGGCCUCAAACCCUUCGAAGACAGCCGCGGGUGUCGAGCGACAAGAUGGCGCCAAAGCGAGGAGCCGUCGCAGCCGAAGAAAACCAGGACGGGCCAUCGGUCCCAUGCUGCCGCAGGAGGCGGCUGCUGAGUCGUACAGAUCCGGGCGGACUGGUGGAGAGUCUUUUCGACGCAGCCAGCCUCGCGAGGGCGUAUAUGGCGGCGGUCAAAGCUAUCAGCAGCGACGCGGCGGUCAGAACCAGCGUGGUGGCCAGUACUGCCACAGUGGUGGCCGCAGUGGUGGUCAAUACUACCACAGCGGUGGUGAGUGCCACCACAGCGGUGGCGAGUUCGGUUAUGGUGGUCGUUACAAAGAAAGUGUUGGCCCGGCGUGGGACUUUGAGAUGAGUGGUUUCAUUGGACUGAGUGAGACGGCGAACGGCGGCGGCAUGAACGGUGGUGGUAUUACUUUAGUAGAGAGUACAAUGUCAGGAAUAUGA